AUGCAAAGGAGUAUAGUAUAUUCUUUGCAUGAAACAGUAAGGUUAGAAUGGACGCAAAAACCUUAUUUUCAUAAUGUUUCUAUAAUUUUCUAAAGAAUUUUUAUGAAGAUAAGGUUUACAUAUUGUAAUAAUGGUGAUGCUAAUAUGUGAAGGUUGGAAUAUAAUAAUAAGUUUCCAUUUUUCUUUAACUUUAAUUAUUUGCUUAAAAAUUAUAUUCCAGUCAUUCUGGUUUUAAAUAUAACUGGUAACGUGUUAUAAAUCCGGAAAAAUAUGGUAUUCUUGAAUGUUUAUAUGAAAAAGAAAAAAAUAUGGAAAGGCCGAAACACACAUACAGAAAAGAAUGAAACAAAACAAAAAUAAAAUUAAAAAUAGAACUAUGUUCUCUAACCUGUUUGUUUGUUUAUAAGGUUUUGAAUCAAGAGGUAUUGGAUGAUAGAGGGAAGUUUGAAGUUUCACUGAAAAAAUGAAAGUUUUGAAAAGUUGAAGACAAGAUAUCUCAAGAUGUUUGUCUUGCUCGAAUUUUGAAGAUCCGAAGGUUUUUCGCGCUUGUGACAAAGAAUAUGAUCCGAAUCGCAUUCCUUACCGGCUGAGAAGUCUCAAGCCUAGAAGAACUGCAAGCACUCUGUAA